GCGAAGUAGCGAAAUGUCUGCAACGUUCACGCGUCUUCAGCCACUCGUUUAUUAUUAUUUAUUUCUUUGAAGUAGCAUGAACAUGAUUAAAUUGUAUUAGUCGGCGCGCGCGAAGUAGCGAAAUGUCUGCAACGUUCACGCGUCUUAAGCCACUCGUUUGGUCCACUGAAGUUAGCUUUUACAAAAUGUUUAAAACCCUGUAUUUGAAGGGAUCAUACAGAAAUCUGAACCAAAUUUUUUUCCAUGCCCGCAUCCAAUUAUCAUUCAAUUGCUACUUACAAACAAAAGUUCAAAGUUAAAACAAAGCUGGAAUCAUUGACGCGACUGCCAAUUCAGCUAUCAAAGUUUACAAGGUGGAGCGCUAUACGUUUUUCCGAAGGUCGAGGCGCUUAUUUCUGAGCAAGAUAUUUUCAGCGCAUAGAAUUUCAUUCCAAUACCUUUCAAGGGUUGAAAAAAAUGUUCCUUACUGUAGCCAUUUUGUAGUCCCUUACUCUACGCACAGAGUUCUUAAAAUUACGAGAAAUUUAGUUAUGGCUCCCCUGCUGGUUGCGAAGAGAAAGGGCAAAGAAGAAGCACAAAAGAAAAGUUCUCCUGCGAAGAAGCUAAAAAACAAUGGCGCCGAAAAAAAUGUCUUCGAAGGGGAGGUUGCAGCCGUGAAGGAAGUUCAGAAGGGGAGAGUUAGGGUUUUGAGGGACGGUUUAGAUGGAAAAUCAGGGCCUGUUGUGUAUUGGAUGUCGAGGGAUCAGCGUUUGAGAGAUAACUGGGCUCUUUUACAUGCAAUUGAGCAGGCUAACAGGUUGGGGGAUUCGGUGGCAGUGGUUUUUAAUCUGGUUGAUGAGUUUUUAGAAGCCAGGGCUCGGCAUUUUGGUUUCAUGCUCAGGGGGUUACGGGUCGUGGAAGGAAAUCUCAAGGCCAUGGGCAUUCCGUUUUUCCUGCUUCAGGGCAAAGCAGAGGAAAACAUUCCUAAAUUUUUGCAAAGAUGUGGUGCAUCUCUUUUGGUCAUGGAUUUCUCACCUUUACGGAUUGGUCGAUUAUGGCGGGAAACCAUUUGCAACAGAAUACCUGAGAGUAUUACUGUUCAUGAGGUGGAUGCUCACAAUAUUGUGCCUGUGUGGAAAGCAUCUGACAAACUAGAGUAUGGUGCACGUACCAUAAGAACAAAGAUCCAAAAGCAGCUUCCGGAGUUCCUUGUACAAUUUCCUGAUGUCAAAGCACCUGAUCAGAAAUGGUGCUCUGAGCAACCCAAGGACAUAGACUGGGAUACACUGCUUGAAAAUGUUCUCAGGGAGGGAGCAGAAGUUCCUGAAAUUCAGUGGUGCGAACCUGGAGAAGAUGCAGCCAAGGAGGUUUUGCUUGGGAAAAAGAAUGGAUUUUUGACUACCAGGCUAAAAAACUAUUCUGAUGAUCGGAAUGAUCCUUCAAAGCCUACUGGUUUAUCUGGACUAUCUCCUUACUUGCAUUAUGGCCAGAUUUCUUCACAACGAUGUGCUUUAGAGGCCCGUGCCUUCAGGAAAGCUUAUCCCAAAUCUGUAGAUGCUUUCCUUGAAGAAUUGGUUAUAAGGAGGGAACUUGCAGACAAUUUCUGCUUCUACCAGCCUAAUUAUGAUAGUUUACAAGGUGCCUGGGAAUGGGCUCGUAAGACCCUGACGGAUCAUGCAUCUGAUAAGCGAGAACAUAUAUACACGAAAGAACAACUUGAAAAAGCAAAAACAGCUGAUCUUCUAUGGAAUGCUUCUCAGUUGGAGAUGGUUCAUUAUGGAAAAAUGCAUGGUUUCAUGCGAAUGUACUGGGCAAAAAAAAUCCUUGAAUGGACUAGAGGACCAGAAGAAGCUCUUGCAAUAGCUAUAUAUUUGAAUGACAAGUAUGAGAUAGAUGGCAGGGAUCCCAAUGGAUAUGUUGGCUGCAUGUGGUCUAUAUGUGGCAUCCAUGAUCAGGUGUUGCUGUGUCGCAUGGAACUGUCUUUGAAGACGACUUGUUACUAAGAAUUAUAUGAGCAAGGUCUGAAAGAGAGAGAUCAUUUUAUGUUUUCUAUGUCUCCUCCAAAUGAAUUCAAUUGGUAUAUAUAUCAUUUAGGCAACCGGUCAAUUGGUGUAUUGACCAGUCAUGCCUUUUAGGCAUGACCGAUCAAUGCACCCAUUGAUCGGUGCCUUUGUAAUUAUACCAUUAACACAAGGCUGUUUAUCGGUUCAAAACCUCAAUAGCAUAUUGUAAUAUAAUAUAAUGUUUGAUCAAGAUAAUGAAUCGGUUCAUGUAAACACCGAUGAUUCAAAAUGCACGAUGUAUGUAAUCCAACCGGUGCAGUUGUUAACCACUGUUAAUUCCAAAUGAAGCGGUGUAUGUAUUAAGCCCGAUAACAAAUAUGCCCGAUGAUUAAGCCCGAUAACAGAUGUGGAUCGGUGCCAAUAGUUAUGCACCCGAUAGCAAGUAUGUAUCGGCUAAUAACCCGAUAACUUAUAGCAUUUAAUAUGCUAUCGGGUUAAUACCCCGAUAGCAUAUUAAUGCCAAUUAAUAAUUGACAUUAAUAUGCUAUCGGGUUGUUAGCCCGAUAGCAUAAUGCUAAGCAAUGUUUGUAAAAUCCGAUAAUCAUAUGCAAUAUAAGUUUAGACAUGAAGCAUGUAAAUAACAGAACAAGGAAGGUUAGAAAUAUCUUAUCUUGCAUAAGCUACCAUGCAUUAACAGGUGUUAUGG